AUGAGUACUCAAUCAUUUGUAAUUAUCCUUUCAGUGUUGGCUGUGAUUGUCUAUGUGGUUAGGAAAAUGAUGGUCAAGAGAAAAUUAAAAUUCCACCUCAAGAGUGAUUUAUCAAAGAAAUCACAAUUAAAUAUUGUCAUUACAGGAGGAACAAGAGGAAUUGGAUUUGCUCUCAUCAAGGAAUUAUUAAUUAAUUAUCCAAAUCAUAAAAUUGUAUAUACUGGAACAAGUGAAAAUUCAAUUACAAAAUCAAAGGAACAAUUUGUAAAGGAAAUUCCAAACUUUGAUUCUAAUUGGUAUAACACGCGUUUGUUUGCUUGUGUUUGUGAUAUUUCCAACUAUAAUGAUAUUCAUCAAGUAUUAAUUCCAUUCAUUAAGAAUAAUUUGAAUCAAGUUGAUUUGUGGAUUAAUAAUGCUGGAGUUGGUGAUUGUAGAAAGAAAUUAAAAGAUAUGAGUCAAUCAGAAAUUGAUGGAAUUUUAAAUGUCAAUACUCAUGGAACAGUUUAUGCAACACAAGCUGCAAUUCAAUUAUUGGAUUCUCAAAAAGAAGGUGGACAUGUCUAUUUAAUGGAAGGAUUGGGAUCAGAUGGUAGAACAUCACCUGAAUUAUCAAUUUAUGGUAUGAGUAAGGCAAGUUAUAGACAAUUUGUCAGCUCACUUGUUGGUGAAACUGCUGAUUCUAAAGUUGGUGUUCACAGAGUUUCUCCUGGAAUGGUGAUCACAUCAAUGUUGUGCACUGAUACAAUGAAUAGCAAAGUUAAGAAUAUUUUCAAUAUUUUGGCAGAAGAUAGAGAUGUAGUAGCCAAAUAUUUAAUUGGAAAGGUUGUUAAAACUCAAGGCACUGAUUCAUUCUAUGCAUUCUUAACACCUCUCUCAGUAAUUUUCAGAUUCUUGACAUUCUUUAUGAGAAGAAACAAAUUCUUUGAUAAGGAUGGUAAAUUGAAAGAAAAGUAUGCCAAUCAAUGUGAUUCCGUCUUUGCUGUAACCUGUGCUCAAGAUAAAAUUAUCACUGGAAGUGUUGAUUCAUCAAUUAAAGUUUGGAGAUUGGACAAUUUUGAAUUAGCCUUAACUUUGGAAGGACAUAGAUUGGGAAUUAUUUCUAUUGUUAGUGAUCAAACUGGGAAAUAUGUUGCUACAAGUUCAAUGGACUCUGUAAUUAGAGUGUGGGAUAUUGAAAAGGGUAAAUCAACAAUUAUUAUAGAAGCUCCACCACUUGAAUCAUGGACUUUGGCAUUUAGUGCUGAUGCUCAACAUUUAGCAACAGGUACUAGAUCAGGAAAUGUUAAUAUUUUCAAUGUACAAACAGGUGAAAAGGAACAAUCUUUAGAUACACAAAAGAAGACUUUUAUUAUGUCUGUUGCAUAUAGUAAUUGUGGUAAAUAUUUGGCAUGUGGUGGACAAGAUGGAAGUGUUUGUGUUUUUGAUAUUUCAACAUCUAAAUUAAUGCAUCACUUGGAAGGACAUUCCAUGAGUGUGAGAAGUAUUGUUUUUACUAAUGAUUCUCAAAGAUUAAUUUCUGCCUCUGAUGAUAAGCAUAUUAAUGUUUAUGAUAUUAAUUCAGGAUCACUUGUUAAAUCACUUAGUGGACAUCAUUCAUUUGUUUUGACAUUGGCUGCUUCUCCAACAGGUCAAAUAUUUGCAUCUGGAUCAGCUGAUAGACAAGUUAAAAUAUGGGAAACAAGUACAUUGGAAUGUAUUCAUAGUUUUGAAGAACAUAAGGAUCAAGUUUGGGGUUUGAGUUUUAACACUAGUGGUGAUUCCUUAAUUUCAGUUUCAGAUGACAUGUCAAUUGUUCAAUACGUUUGUCCUUUAGAUUCAAGUAAAUAA